AUGCUUAUAUAUCGACCUGCUCUCCUCUUUGCUGCGCUUUUCAAUUCAAAAGAAGAAGCUCAGAAAAAUGCAGAAGGAUCUUUUGAUAUUAGCAUAUUUAUCUGGGAAACGACAAAAGCAGUUAGCAAAAUGAUUGAUCUGGUACAUAACGUCUAUUUUCGGCGAUAUCCUUAUACACAGUUUAAUAGCUCAUCUAUAUUAUUAUUAGUCUCAGCUUAUACGAUACUUUUAUACGAUGUUUUAGAUCCAAAAACCAAUAUAGAUCAUACGAAAAACGUAUUCAUCGCCAUCGAGCAAGGGGUCGAGUAUCACCAUCUCGGUUAA